CCAUUGUGUUCAAAUCUUCUUCCACGACAGGUCGUGCUCGCGGUAGAUUGGAAGGACUCAAUGAAAUCUUCCGAACAUCCUCAAUAAACAGAAGAAGUAUAGAAGAUCCUCAGCAAAUCAUUGUCGUGAAUUAUCUGGAUGGAGAUUACAAGUAAAACUUAUCGAUUUUGGUAGUGAACG